GUGUUGUGUUGUGAGAAGAGGCGGUGACAACCCUUGGCGAGUUCUUCGUCUUCGAUCUCCGGCGGCGAUGGUGAGACUCACCGCCGAUCUCAUAUGGAAGAGUCCUCACUUCUUCAAUGCCAUCAAGGAGCGCGAGCUUGAUCUCCGAGGUAACAAAAUUGCUGUUAUUGAGAAUUUGGGCGCCACAGAGGACCAAUUUGAUACUAUUGAUUUAUCUGAUAAUGAGAUUGUGAAGCUUGAAAAUUUCCCUUUCUUAAAUCGUCUGGGCACUUUGCUGAUAAAUAAUAAUAGAAUUACUCGCAUCAACCCUAAUCUUGGAGAAUUCCUGCCAAAAUUGCACACUCUCAUCUUGACAAACAACCGUCUUGUAAACUUGGUGGAGAUUGACCCCCUUUCUUCUCUUCCAAAGCUGCAAAUGCUCAGCCUACUAGACAACAAUGUGACAAAGAAGCCAAAUUAUCGUCUAUAUGUCAUCCAUAAAUUGAAAGGUCUGCGACUGCUAGAUUUUAAGAAAGUGAAGCAAAAGGAGAGGAUUGAAGCACAAAAUAUGUUUGCAACCAAGGAAGCAGAAGACGAGGCCAAAAAAGUGCCAGUGAAGACAUUCACUCCAGGUGAGGUGCAGGAUGUACCAGAUAAUACAAAGACAGAGAAACCUCCUAGAGUUGUGGCCCCCACACCAGAGCAAAUUACUGCCAUCAAGGCUGCAAUAGUAAAUUCUCAAACACUUGAAGAAGUUGCAAGGCUCGAGCAGGCACUUAAAUCUGGCCAAAUUCCUGCAGAGUUUAAUGUCCCAGGCAAUGAUACAGAAAUGAGUACUGUUCAGGAGAAUGAUGAUAAAAUGGACACAGAUGACAAAAAUGACGUGGAUGAUGCCCCAAAUCAAGAGGGCUGAUUGAAGAUGCCCCAAUAAUCAGUCAGGGCGGGACACAACAUCCAUGUGCUAUGUCUUGAAGGUUACUUUGAUCAGCAAACUGAGUUGCGUGUGAUCAAGAUUCUGCCAUAUUAAUUGGCUAUGAGAAGCAUGAGUUGGCCCCCUGAUCUAUUGCACCUAUCCAUUUUGAAAUUUCAGACUCGACUCAGAAAACAGUCUUAAUUGAAUUCUGUACUGUCUAAAGUUUAACCGGUAGAUCAGACUAUAAUGCUUUCGGUCAAGCCUGUUUUUUGUUUUAAGGAUAUAUACAUGUGAUCUUAUUGUAUCAAUGAGAGAAUGUAGUUUGCCAUGCUUGCCAUGGGCCUAUCUGACCAAGAUUUUACUAAUCUGAAUGAUAAUUAAUUUUGAUU